GCAGUGUCCUCCCCAACACAACAACAACAAACGGAAGUAAACCCCCACGUUCUCCAUCCAAGAAAGAAAAGCUAGAAGUAUAAAUACCUUUUUGUUGUUGUUAACGGAAACGAAUCAAAAGAAAUUGUUUUAAACUUUUUUUUCAAUCACGUCUUGGCCUCCAACAAAUAAAAGCAUUACUUGUGUGUGUGUGUGUGUGUGUGUGUGAAACCAAGUUCGCGUAAAAACAACCAUCAAAAUCAAUCUCUUCAGAAAACAAACAAACGAAAAAGGAAAAGAGCAUGUCUGCCGGUCAUCCGCAGUGCGUCAGCGAGGCGGAGCUCCGCCACACUGUGGCGAAAAUCGUAGCGGUCUACGAGCUGCAGGCGGAGAGUGUCAAGAACCACAACCCCGCCGUGCCGGAGGCGCGUGUACCGCGUGUGCUGGUGGCCGUCGCGGGCCGCCCCGGCAGCGGCAAGUCGACGGCCGCCACCGUCUUGGCCGAUGCCGUGCGCAAGGCGCUGUGUCGCCAUCCGGAUCCCCUUGCCUCGUAUCGCGCCGCCGAUAUCCACGAUGCGGAGCGUGCGGAGGUGGAGGGCAACCCACGUGACGUCUACUACAACAUCGGCGAGCGCCGCGAUAUUGCGCGCGGCGUCGAGGUCUGCGUGAUGCCGAUGGACGGCUACCACCUCUACCGCAAGGAGCUGAGUGAGAUGCCGGACCCGCAGGAGGCGGUGCGGCGGCGAGGGGCGGAGUGGACCUUCAACCCGGUGAAGCUGCAGCGGGACCUGAAGGCGAUGAAGCGCUUUAACGAGCGUGGGCUCUUCGAGGACGUCCUCGUGCCGUCGUUUGACCACGGCGCCGGCGAUCCGGUGGAGCGCGACAUCCGCAUUCCCGGUACGGCGGGCGUCGUGAUUGUGGAGGGUAACUACCUGCUCUACCGCGGCACCCCGGCGUGGGCGAAGGUGGCAAACCGCUUUGAUGUGAAGAUCUUCCUGGCAUGCGACAAGGAGGUGUGCACGAAGCGCCUGGCGCGACGCCACAUGAAGGCUUGGAAGAUCUCAAUGGAGAAGGCGAUGGAGCGGGCGGCGGGCAGCGACACGGUUAACGGAGAUUUGGUCGACACGACGCAGAAGAACGCGGACGUGGUUCUCCACUCCAUCGAGGUGCCGCAGAGCAAGCUGUAA